AUGCCACAAUUGGAACCACCACCAGUCGCGUCAACACAAGAUUUAUCACGUUCGCUGAGUCAAAGUACAGACUUUUUCAAAAAUCAAAACGAGUCUGUGGAUCUUUUAUUGAGAGAUAUGAGUGGAGACUUGGAUAGUAUAGCGCCUCCAACCACUUUUGACCCUGGCCACAGGCGAAAUGAGCAUAGCUUAUCAAUGUCUAUUAAUACAUCCCCAACUAAACCAUUAAAGUUUCCCAAUCAACAUGCAUCCAUGAAUGACCCAAAUUCCAGCUCAGACACAUAUGCCAGCGAUCAAGAUCAACUUCAGCACAAACUUUACCCGGCAGCCAAGGAAGACGUCAAGUCUUCUUUAGAUCGUAACUUCGACGUUGACACUUCAGCUGACAUGCAAGAUACUAUCCAGGUACUGAAUGAAUACAGGUCUAGCUUGGAUAUUUAUACACUGCAAACCCCCGUAACAUCAACUGUCAAUCUAACAUCAGAACAAACCUACACAAACUCCUCCCCUAAUAAGUCGAUAAUGAAGAAAACUCCAACGGGAUCUCCUAAAAAGGUUGCAUUCACAGCAACGGACCCCAAGAUUUACCAAUAUGCUCAAGAAAAGCAAGACGAAGAGGAACAACAUCAAACUGUUAAUUAUCUAGCACUCCAAAAACCAAUUACUCACCACUGGGAACAGCCACAUAUACAUUCUGAAGAUGAAAGCUUAGCUUCGCCUCCUCCACCACCACCUCCACAUACGAGCAAACCUACAUUUGCUCAGCUUUUGAACCGUGAAGGGCGUAGUCUAGAAAAGAAAAAGAAUCUAGAAGCUGUACCACUUCAUGAGAAAAUGAAUCCUCAAUCCGAUGAAGAAUAUGAUUUGGAUGCUCGUUUACAAGAAUUGGAAUUGGCAUCAAAGAAUAAAACUAAUGAAAAUAUCCAUCAUCUAUCACUUUCGUUGCAAACUACUACCUUUCAAAUGGAAAAUCCAUUGGAGUCAUUACAGAAAUCCCCAGAUGUGCAAUUGAGGUCGUCAGGAUCCUCACAGUCGUCAUUACAAUCCUUAAGAGAUGACAAUAGAAGCUUAAAUUCUGUACCAGGGUCACCUACAAAGGCUAAUCGUGGAAUUGCAUUACGUGAUGGUAUCAAAGGGUUAUCGGAUGCAGCAGUAGAGUCAAUGUUGCCUAGAGAUGAAUCGGAAGAUGCCUUGUACAUGAACCUUUCUAACAGUAGGUUAAAUCUACAGUCACACGAGGAUGAUCAUUUGGACUCAUUUGAUAACUCGUACAAUCGUACCGAACAAUCUAUUAUGAACUUGCUUAAUAGUGCAUCUGGUUCUCAAGUGGCACUUAAUAACGUUCCACAAGAAAAAGAAGUUCAUAUAAAGAAAGAAAGAGUUUAUGAUGAGCCAGCAUUUAUAUCAGAAGAGAGGGAAAUUCAUGUAAAGAAAGAAAAAGAGGUUGAUGAAGAGAUCUUUGAACCUCAAGUUCGAGUUGUAGUAAAGAAGGAAUCAAGUGAAGUCCUACCUCAAGAUGAACAAACUACAACUAUCAAGCAAGAGUCAAGACAGGACCCGUUCAAUACCGCUGAUGAUAAUUCUCAGUUCUCACCUCAUGUGUUCCUACCUGAAUUGAAUGGUCGAAUCUCAGCCAAAACUGUGCACAUUUCACAAGAGGAGACAGAAAAGAAUACCAAUACAGACAAGCAUCAUCCUCAUGACGAAACUACCGAAAUUACUGAUAUUGCAAAUCAAGACGAAUCCAUGAUGUCGAUCAGAUUCCACACCGAUAGUGGUUGGAAAUUGGAGGAUAGUAAUGAUGGGGAUAGGGAGGAUAAUGAUGACUAUAGCAAGGUAAUUGACCAAUCGAAUAUGCUUGAUGAAGGUGACUCCAAUUCUUCUCCAGAUGAGGAAUUUGCCGACGCAUCCAAUGAACUCGGUCAAGCGCUAGAUUGUGCAAACGAAAAUGAAAAGAAAGAAGUUGUCAAGAGUUUGGCACCACCCAGAGCAAUUGAUGAAGCUGUGGAUGCAACUCAUGGUCCGAAAGAUAAUGACACAGUUUUAGCUAAUUCAUCGAACAUUGCCGAACCGAAUGAGGAUAUAACGCUACCACCAGUCGAAAUGAACAACUAUUCCUCAUUGGAAGAGAUUACGAGAAAUAUGGAUUCGGUAUCAAGCUAUGAACGUUCUUUAUCAGCCGAAAAUGACGUGGUGAAGGCAAAACCAGACAACUUUUUAUCUAUUUGGCAUAGUCAAAAGAAACAAAGGAAGAGCCAGAUGCAUAAAGUACCUACCCAGCAACUAAUAGCUGCUUAUAGAGAGGAGAAAGAUGAGCAAAAGAGGGCAAUAUCCACUGAUAAAGUAAGGAUUCCUUCAUCAUUGAAUGGGAAAAAGAUUAAGGAAGUGCAUGUUAUGUCAAGGAGAGUAGUUAGUCCAGACAAUUUUGAUGAUUUGCAUGCAUCUAAUUUUUUGCCUGAGUUGUCCAGAGAUUCUGGAUUUAAUGAUUUGCAUUUCACCAAUCAGUCUAGAGUUCCGUCAGCACAACUUAAUACUUCCAACAUGCUUUCAAAUAUAGACAAUAAUCCAAAUGUUGUCGAGCCACCGCAACCGGGAUCAAAUAACGAAAUGAAGCAAGCAAACAGGUUGACUUCAUCGAGUAGCAAUCACUUACAACGGGCAUUUACUACUGCAUCUGCAGGACAAAAAAGAUCAAGGUUUAGAGUACCCACAUUUGAAAUAAAACGUUCGUCAUCGGUAUUAUCACCCAAGAACAUGUAUGAUGACAUUUUUGAAGAUGUUGUUCCGCGAAAGCCACCAACUAUUCGAGCAGAAGGUAUGAAGACUUUACCAAGUAUGGAUAAAGAUGAUGUUAAACGCAUCCUUUCUACGAGAAAGGGCAUGACACAAGAUGAAUAUGCUCAUGCUAAGUUUGUUGAGCAAAAACCAAAGAAAAAUUCAAUUGUCACUGAGGCUGAGGGUGCUUUUGAACAUGUUCCACAAACAGCAUCGAUCCACGAUGCAAACACUGAUUCACCACGCCAGCCUUCAAAUGCUAUUGGCUCCGAUAUUUUUCCUUACUUGGUGGAUGAAUUGAACAAAUCGCCAAGCGAAUUGAUGUCAAAGAGUCAACCUGAUAAUAAAGAUUAUCCAACUAGGACAGGUUCGGUGAUUGUUCGCAAGAAUGGUGCAUUGCCUGAACCUGAAUUUGAAUUUGAUAUUUCUCCACAUUCGCCGCCGGCGACCGUGGGAGGAACUGAUGAAGUGGAUACUGAAGCAUCUUUAAACUACUUGCACAGGGAAAAUUUGUCGCCAAAGACAUCUAGACAGGAAGUUCGUUCAAAGCCAACUUUGGAACCAGUACCGGGACCUGAACCAGUGCCGGUUGUGGAACAGAUUCAGGAAGCCAUUGUGGAGAGGAAGUUAGAUCCAAAUGUGCGUCCAGUUGUUGCUAAACCAAGUGAGCCCACUGAUACACCAGCAACUCCAGUCAAGAAAACCCUCAAGGACGCUCAUACCCCUAUUUCGAAGAAGAACUCACCUAAAAAGAGUCCUAUCAAGAUUGGUUCCCCUGUUAAACUCGUUAGAAAAAAUGGAUCAAUCACUGGUAUUGAGUUGGCAGAAAGACACCAAUUUCAUGAUCUUGCCAAUACUGAACAAGUUCAGCCAUUCUUGGGCGACCAAUUGGUCAAUGCAAAAAUCAGAGAUAAUAUUGAUCAAGACAAAUGGGUACCUGAGCAUAAAUCCAACAUGCCAAGUGCUGUGUCUGUUCGAUCGGAAUUUUCUGACUCAAAAAGUCAACAUAUUGUCCAUGAACGCCAUAAAUCUGAUCCUAAAGUUAUUGACGACGAACAUCCAGAUGUUGCGUGGCAAGAGCGUGGUAGAUUGUUUUUCCGUGUUCUUGGAUUGAAAAAUAUUAAUUUGCCUGAUAUGAAGUCUCACAAGGGUAAAUUUACAAUUGCUUUGGAUAAUGGUGUCCAUUGUGUAAAAACUGCUGAAUAUGACUUGGAUAGAAGCUUAGUUUCAAUUGGAAAAGAGUUUGAGUUGAUUGUUGGCGAAUCUUUGCAAUUUAUUUUGACUAUGAAGGCCAACUAUACUAAACCGAAAGGUACAUUGGUUGAGGUACGUGAAAGGAAAGUAGUCAAGUCAAAGAACAGAUUGGGCCGAUUGUUUGGGUCUAAGGACAUUAUCACUACGACAAAAUAUGUUCCAAGUAAAGUUGAAGAUAGUUGGGCUAAUAAAUUGGCCAUUGAUGGAUCGUUUGCUAGAUGUUAUAUUGAUUUCGCUCAAUUUGAACCUCAAGUCACUGGUAAGGUGCAAAGAUUUGAUUUAAGUUGUUUCAAUGAAUGGGAAACAAAAUCCAAUGGCAAUGGGCCUCAAUCUAAACAGAGAUUGAAACCAUAUAAGAUUGCGGAAUUGGAAGUUGAAAUGUUGUUUAUACCUCGUUCAGAUCCUCAUGAAAUCUUACCAACAAGUAUCAAAUCUGCAUACCAAUCCUUGGCUGAAUUGAGUAAGGAAUUGAAAACAACCAAUGAAGGUUAUUUGUAUCAAGAAGGAGGCGAUUGUGAAAUUUGGAAACGUCGUUGGUUUAAACUUUAUGCUACUUCAUUGGUAGCCCAUUCGGAAUUUAGUCACAAGACAAGAGCUAAAAUCAAUUUAAACAAAAUUAUUGAUGUAAUGUAUGUUGAUAAAGAAAACCUACAAAGUUCAAAACAUCGUAAUUUUAGUGAUGUUUUACUUGUUGAACAUUCAUUCAAGAUUAAGUUUGCCAAUGGAGAGAUUAUUGAAUUUGGUGCUCCUAAUGAACGAGAAAUGAAACGAUGGAUUGAAAUUUUGGAGAGUAUUGUACAACGGAAUAAGAUUAGACGACUUCCCUGGGUUAAUGUGAUGAUGAAGCAACAACUUGAAGCCUAG